AAUCCUUACGGUUUUGUUGCUCAAUGCCAUGAUUAUGACACAAAGGAAGUCGUCGUCAAGAAUUAUGUGGAUGACUGUACAAGCACGCAAGUCUGUGGAGCAGAGAAUGCUGUCCUCCGGGUGAGUAAAGUCGACCUUCUCAAGUGCAGGACCGGACUGAAUCGUCAGGAGCAUCACACACAUUGUUUCCUUGAUGACCAUCUCAUCGUCCGCAGAGGACAGAGUUUCAACAUGUGGGUGGAUCUGUGCCGUCCUUUCAAUCCCAGUUGUGACAAGCUUCACCUGGAGCUCAAACUAGGUCAUAUCCCAUCCAUCCGGGACGGCACUUAUGUGAUCGUUCCAAUUGUGGAAGAAUUCAAGAAAGACUGCUGGGGGGCAAAGAUUGUGGAACGAGCCCAAAACCGAAUCAAACUGUGUGUGCACUCUGUUCCGACUGCUUGUGUUGGACGAUACCAGCUCAGUGUCGUGACACACUGUCCAGGAGGAAGAUUCACUUUACCUUAUGUUCCUGAAAAUGACAUUUACAUGCUGUUCAACCCCUGGUGUAAAGAUGACUGUGUGUACCUGAGUGAUGAGGCGGAGAGAGCUGAGUAUGUGCUGAAUGACAUGGGCAGAAUCUACUACGGAACUAAGCAGCAGAUUGGCUGCAAAACAUGGAACUUUGGUCAAUUUGAGAAGGGAAUCUUGUCUGCGUGUAUGUAUGUGUUGGAGAAGAGCUGUACACCUUGCUCAGGGUGGGGAAGCCCCAUUAACAUUUCCAGAGUGGUUUCUAACAUGGUUAUUGCCAGCAAAGGCAGUGGUGUGCUGGUGGGUAACUGGUCACACUGCUAUGGAGAUGGAACUGCUCCUACAUCCUGGUGCAGCAGCAGUGCCAUCCUGAAACAGUUCUACAAAUGUGGAGGAACGCCAGUCAAGUAUGGACAGAGCUUGGCCUUUGCUGGAGUCACCAACACACUGUUGAGGUGUUUGGGUGUUCCUGCUCGUCCAGUUUCAAACUUCUGUUCUGCUCAUGACACUGAUGUUCAUUUGUCAACUGAUGUCUACUUGGACGAGAAAUUUCAGCUGAUCGAUCACAUGAACCGUGAUCCAAUCUGGAACUACCAUGUGUGGAAUGAGGCCUGGAUGACUCGGCCAGACCUGCCAUCUGGUUUUGGAGGUUGGCAGGUGGUUGAUUCCACUCCUCAACUGACCAGCCAGGGCUUCUUCCGCUGUGGUCCCACCUCUGUUGCUGCGAUCCGCAGCGGGCAGGUCUUCCUGAAGCAUGAUGUGCCCUUCCUUUUCGCAGAAGUGAACAAUGAUAAGGUUUACUGGCAGCGGAGAUGUGACGGGACCUUUGGUGUUGUUCAUAUUGAGAAGGAUGUAGUAGGUCACUGCAUCAGUACCAAGGCUGUCGGCUCAGAUCAACGUGUAGACAUCACAAAUUUCUACAAACACCCAUAUGGUUCUUCUGAGAAGAGCACUGCUUUGGAAACAGCUCUUCGUCAUGGCUUGAGAAGAUGCACAUACCCACUGCCCUGUCCUGAGGAUGUUGUCUGUGAAGUCAGCCUGAAAGAGGAUGGACUAUGUGUGGGCAAGGAUGCCUUGCUUUACAUCAAUCUUAAAAACAAAUGCAGCUCACCUCGUAGCGUCACCCUCUACAGCCAAGCUGCAGCCACGUACUACACCGGAGUCAGGAAGACCUUCCUGAAGAGAGACCAGACAUGCAUCGAGCUCAAGCCCUCUGAAUGCAGAGCUCUGGAAUGGACCCUGAGUUAUGACGAGUAUAAGGAACACCUGGUGGAUCACACCUCACUGAUGCUCAACCUCUUUGGACACGUGGCUCAGACGAAGCAGGUUCUGGCCACCCAGUACAACUUCAGACUGCGCACACCAGAUCUUGUUGUCGCUCCUGUAAGUGAUGCUGUCUUGGGUCAAGAAGUGCCAGUCAAAAUCACUUUCCAGAAUCCUCUGCCUCGUGUCCUGAAGAACUCUGUAUUCCGCUUUGUGGGACUUGGACAGCAGCAUGCAAGAGUUGUCAACUAUGGUGACAUUGCAGGGAAUGCCACAGUGUGCCUGACAGAGAAGUUUAUUCCCACGUGUCACGGCCCACAGAAACUUCUGGUCUCACUGGACUCUCCUCAGCUCACUCAGGUUCAUGGAUUCUCCAACAUUGCUGUCAAACAGCAUUGUUAAACCAAUCAAACAACCAAAACAGAAGAAACGUCAUGGCUCCACUGAAUAGAAAACGUUCACACUGAAUUGAUUUGCAGUAGACAAUUGCAGACAA